AUCAGAUCAAAACAAUGCCAAGUAACGAGACAGAAAUCAAAUGUGUUGUUGUUGGAGACGGAGCUGUUGGUAAAACAUGUCUUGUUAAAGUUUAUGUCGACAAUAAAUUUCCAGAAGGAUAUGUUCCAACUGUAUUCGAAAAUACAUACCUCAUUAAGGAGUAUAGAGGACUGAGAGUAAAUUUAGGAAUUUGGGAUACAGAUCGAUUGAGACCUCUAUCGUAUCCAGGAGCUAAUAUAAUUGUAUUAUGUUUGAGUAUAGUUGGUAUCAAACCAUUCGAUAAUAUCAAUUACAAAUGGUUACCUGAAGUUCGUCAUCAUUGCCCAAAUAUUCCAUAUGUUAUAGCAGCAACAAAAUCAGAUCUUCGAGAAGACCCACAAUCUUUAAAGGAAUUAUCAAAUAAGGGUUUACAACCAGUUACAACAGAGCAAGUUAAGGAAUUUUCAGAUGAAAUUAAGGCGUUUGGAUACCAAGAAUGCUCAAGCAGAUUGAAUAAGGGUGUAAAUGAACUCUUUGAAUUAGUAAUGAAAGCUGUACUAUUUCCAAAUGAAGGGGCCAACUCAAAAGCUUCAUCUUCAGCUUCAUCUGCAGACGCAAAGAAGAAGAAUUGUCUUUUAAUGUAAAAAGUUGUAGUUUAUGUUAU